AUGCGUAGCAGUCUCGAGGCCAGGAAAGGUCUGGUCGAAGUCGACGGGAUCGAGCAAGGGAUUACCCAGAUGGUCGAUCUGCAAACUGGAGCUAUCCCGAUGGUCGAUGACACUGUAGAGCCGCCACUCUCCAUUCUAUGCGAGAUGCUCGACACCAAUCCAUAUUAUCGGUCCCUGGAUGAUAAAGUGAAGAAAUAUGCUGCUGUUGCUGGUAUAGAAAUUUUUUCUCCCGUGAGUCAUACACUUUUCAAUCCUGCAGAUAUUAUUCAGAAGAAUGGAGGAAGGCCGCCCUUGACUUAUCAAUCUUUCGUGAAACUUGCUGGAGAGCCCUCGUUUACCUUGUCUCCCAUAUUAACUGAGCUUAGUGGGCUUCCUCCUGUUGGAAAUGUUGGGGAGUGCCCUGUAUCAGAAGUCCCUUCAAUCAAUGAACUUGGCUAUGAGAACAUUCCAGAGAACGAGAGGACUCCCUUCAAAGGUGGUGAAUCUGAAGCAUUGAGAAGGUUGAGAGAAUCCAUUUCUAAAGAGGAAUGGGUAGCUAACUUUGAGAAACCCAAGGGAGAUCCAUCUUCAUUUCUAAAACCAGCAACUACUGUUUUAUCUCCUUAUUUGAAAUUUGGCUGUCUUUCUUCUAGAUAUUUCUAUCAAUGCAUUCAAGAGGUUCAGGGACGUAGCAAAAGGCACACAUCUCCUCCAGUUUCACUUCUAGGACAAUUGUUAUGGAGAGACUUCUUUUACACGGUUGCCUUUGGAACGCCUAAUUUUGAUCAAAUGAAGGACAAUAGAAUUUGCAAGCAGAUACCGUGGAAAGAUGAUGAUGAAUUACUGGCUGCUUGGAGGGAUUGCAGGACGGGAUUUCCAUGGAUCGAUGCUAUAAUGAUGCAGCUUCGAAAAUGGGGCUGGAUGCACCAUCUCGCUCGGCAUUGUGUCGCUUGUUUUCUAACUCGUGGAGAUUUGUUUGUGCAUUGGGAAAAAGGACGUGAUGUUUUUGAGAGACUUCUUAUUGAUUCAGAUUGGGCAAUUAACAAUGCUAACUGGAUGUGGCUAUCAUGCUCGUCGUUCUUUUACCAGUACAACCGGAUCUAUUCUCCAAUCUCAUUUGGGAAGAAAUAUGACCCUAAUGGCAACUAUAUUAGGCAUUUUCUUCCAGUUUUAAAAGACAUGCCCAAGGAUUAUAUUUAUGAGCCAUGGACCGCCCCUCCAAGCAUACAAGUUAAAGCUAAAUGCAUUAUCGGGAAAGAUUAUCCAAAACCAGUUGUCGCACAUGACGUUGCAAGCAAAGAAUGUCGGGGGAUGUUGUAUGAAGCUUACGAGCUGAACAAAAGUUUAAAUGGCAAAGUGAGUGAAGAAGAUCUAAAUAGUUUGAGGAGGAAACUGGACGAAGAUAAGAAGUCGGAACCGAAAUCCAAGAGGCUAAAACAGACAUUGCUAGAUAAGAAUGUUUUAAUUAGCUCAGAUGAUCAUAUAAGCUAG